CUCUGGAAGACUCCGGCGGAGCUACAGCUUCAACGAUUCCCGCUGACGGUACCGGCGGACAUCGCAGUGGUGCGGCAACGGGCGGCUCGGGCGCAUUAGGCGAAACUGAUAUGAGCUGUUCGAAUGACGAAACAACUUUUGUUACUGUGCCGAUGGCAACCACGGGUUUGGCUGCCUGGCCAAGUCUAGUACCUGAAAGCGAAGAGCAACCCCCUCGUAGACAAGAGAGACAUAUUACAGCAAAAGUAGGUAGGGACGAACAAUCAUUGAACUUUAGUAGCGAUAUCGCACAGCAGCGCGACUCUGGAGGCAGUGUCGAUGAUGCGAUGAUGGAACAGCAACGGCAAGAGCGACUAGCAGCUUUUCCACCGUCGGGUUCGACCGAAUUCGAUUUUCCAUCUUCUUUAGUGGUGCCUGCAGAUUCUUCGGACAAUCGUAAUCCAAAGAUCCUCGUCGCUAAUGGACAGCCUAAGCCAGCAAACGAAGUAGCGACAUUGGAUUGCAGUACUGGAGCCGCAAGCGGCGCUCUUGGCACGUCGGACAUAGUAGCUUCGCCAGGGGGUGUCGACUUCUUUUUUGAAGAGGGGAAAAAAGCAUCAAAACCGCUUUUUUCAGACGAAGAGGAUGGCUCACCAUCGAAAAAUGGCUUUGGUGAGGAGGCUAUUGUGGGCGGCGCUGAUCCUUUCAGUGCACUGUUGGACCAGAUAGAUCAGACAGAUCUGAAUUCCCCACUCGCUCUAGGUGUUACUGCUGCCUCUACAUCAUCAACUGAUCAGAAUAAUGAGGCAAAAGACAACAUGCCACAAGAUUCGCAACUACCCCUAAAAGUAGAAGCUUCGUCCCCAACCAUUUCGGCAGACGGCGGAGCAGACACUCCGUCCGCGAAAGAGAGCGGGAGCGAUGAAAGGCGUUCACACGGCACAGCAGAAUCCCAUGGGACCUCUGAGGACUUUGUAAAGGUCGAAAAAGGUGAUGCGCCUGCGCUAGUAUCUUCAGACCCGACUGCUUUGGACGUCGUAGCCCAACAACCUUCGACACCGGAGUAUGGCACGUCAUCUCCUUCGAUGACCACAACCAAUCUUCAUUCAUCCGCUACUGUGGUUGAUGUUCUGGUGGCGGAAAGCUCUGCGUCUACUUUUUCUGGCGGCGAGUUUCAGAAACCUGCAGAGGACGUUGCUAGUGACGUGGGUGUGCCAAGCGACGACGUCGGAGACGACUUCGCUAAAGUAGAUGCUGAUGACGGGGGCUUUGGGAGUUUCGGUUCUUUCGCCGCACCGACUAGUGACUUCGCGUUCGGUGACUUUGCUGGAGAGGAUGCAAACAAAUCGCCAGAAAAAAAUCAAAGUUCACUCAGUCCUGAGAACGAGAACCUCCACGGUGAUUUUCAAAGUAAAAGUUGUGUUCGUGCAGCUGCUAUUUCACCAAAUGAACCAGCUUUCAGCAAAAGUGAUGAUGCAACUGGCACUUCGCGGCCUAGCACACCAAGUUUAAAGCGUCGAGAAGAUCCUUUUGCAUCUGUUGACGACACACCAAAUCCCAUAGAAGAACAGGCUGAGAACUUGCAAAACCCUUCUGAAGACGGCUUCGACAAAAGCGCCGCGGGAUUUACCGCUAUCGGUGGUGAUGACGAUGGGUUUACAGGCUUUGUGGCGCAAAAGCAGAACGGAGAUGACGACGGUUUCGGCAGUUUUCAGCAAGAAACAGCUGAGGACUUUGCAGUUGACGACUUCGCGGUCGUAGAGAAGUCAGUUGUAAUGGGAACCUCCUCGCCUUCUUCGCAACAGACUAGGCAAAAAGUUGACGAAGACAGCAAUAAACAAACUGAAGUGGGGCUUGCUCCUCCCGCGCAAGAUGGGGUGAUGGAAGACACAAGUGGUUUUGGAAGUUUUCAACAAAAAUCAGUCUCAGACGACGAUGGUGGCUUCGGUAGCUUUGUGCAAGACAGUGGCGAUGCAAAUAGCUUUGGCGGUUUCUCAACAGGGGCUGAUGGCUUUGGAGAUUUUGCAACAGGAGGCGACGGGGAUGACGGUUUUGGUAACUUUGAACAGGGAGACGGCGAUGGCUUUGGUGAUUUCGCAGGCGGCGAUGAAGAAAAAGUUAGUGAUGGUGGUUUCGGCGGUUUUGCUGCUGCAUCGCAACCUACCCAAGAGAGUAGUGAAAAUGCUAGCACAGCAUCGGGUAAAAACUUCUCUGCUGCAUCUUCGACAAUACCAGAAGGAGCUGCGCUAGACAAAAGUACUGUUGUAGGCGGAGUUGCUAGUGGAAGUACAACGACGAGGUCAUUCGGAGGAGAGCAAAGUGCGGGUCAAGUAGAUGCAGCGUCUAUGAGUGCAGGCGCAGUAGCCGAAGCAAAGAGUCAGUGCUUGGAAAAAAUCAUGGCGCAUUUACACGACGACCCGUUGUGGAAAGCCGUAGCCGCUAUAGGCGCGCCUCCACCUCCAACGACCACAAUUCAGUAUGAAACUCCGAUACAGCUCAUGAGGCAGGCCCAGGAAGAAAGUACUUGAAAACUCCUACUUCUAUCUAUUCGUUUAUUUUUGGUCUAGGAAUGAUAAUACUUCUUGUCUUGUCUACCACAUGUCAAGUUGAUUUCUGAGUAGAAAGAGAAACCAAGAAACUCUUCUUUGUUAGUUAUUAUCAUGAAUGCAUUUUUUGAUUUUUUGAGGACCGACAUUUGAUGGAAAUAAUUACUCUACAACAGACCCGUUGCCAGCUAUACCCGAGGAGCAGUUGACAGAUACUAUCGUUCAGGCGCUGCAACGCUGCGGCGUCCCCGACGCUGAGCAAAAAGUGCGAGCGCGACAGAGCAGUAGUACAUUAAACUUGUCUGAAAGUGCAAAUAAAGGUUUUAUGCCACCAUCCAGUACAUCUUCGUCGAGACCAAGAGUGGCAGGAGUGCCAGACAGUAGGGUAAUUCUUAUGUCCGAGUUGCGUCCAGAAAACGACCCGUUGUGCCAGGGAAAGGUCCCCUUUUUUGAGCGCCAACUAGCCUCUGGUGGAGCAGGAAAACGGCCAAAGCCUGGAGUGCCGAACCCCUUGGCAAUGUUUGAUCAGACGCCUGCCUUAGCAAUAUUUGAUCAGUCCGCCGCGAGUAGUGUCACGCAAGCCUUUGGGCCGUCGGGAGAUGCGUUUGACAGGACUGCUAGUGGCGGUGCCAUGGACCUCGAUAUGCUUGCGCCGGGGGUGCAGAAAAAUAAGAUGAACGCUGCUGCGUUAGGAGAAGAUAAGAGAAAUGCUGGAGGAGCAGCUAGUAGUUCCUCAGCUGCAUCUUCUGGGGAUGAUACGGAGAAAACCGGUGAACAAGAUGGAGCUACAACCCAAAGCACUUUUGGAAAUUUUUUCGGUGGCUUCUUUUCCUCUAGUACUGCUGCUGCCGCGUCUUCCAGCGAGACUAAUGACAAAGCUGCGGAGAGUAAAGGUCCUAGUCCAGCAUCUUCACCUGCUGGCGCCAAUAAGCGUGUAGAAGCGACAGCUUCGUUGAAGCCCGUGGCGACCGACCUUCUUGGGGACCUCUUCGGCACAACGACAAGCAGUACAACCAGCAUAAGCAAUAGUGAGGGUGGCCUACAUAGCAGUGGUGGAACAUCAGGCAUGAUGAACGGUGAUGCAGGUUUACAAGCACCGUUAGGAUCUGGUGCAAGCAGCUGCAGCGCUUCAACAAAUAUGAACGCAAAAUUUGAGGCUCCCGCCAAAGACGCGAUGGAUGCUUUUUUUGAUUCAGCUGGUUUCGAAUCCUCUGCGCCGACCUCAGCUGUGCGAUUUGCGGACAGUUUCCAACCUGACAGUUUUCAGACUGGCUUCACAGGGGAACAAAAUGAUGCAGAUGAUGACUUCGGAGAUUUUGGGGACUUCGUACAAGAAGCUAAUGCAGAUUUCAGCGACACAACUCCAAUGGCUGGCGGUGAGAGCAUCCUUGGUGACUUUGCAUCAGCGCAAAAUCUGUUUAACAAGCCACAGCCAUCGUGGUCGCCAGGAGGAGAAGGUGGACGAGGAAAAAAGCUGACAGAGGCUGAAAUUCAAGCCUUUAUUGACAGUCUACCGGACCUCUCCUGGAUUACGUCGACAUCGCUGCAAAUGUAACGCAGCGCAAUAUUUUUUUCAUCUAGGAACGACGAUCCACCUCCAACAGCAAUAUUAGCCAUUUUUCAAAAAAUAAGAAUACAAGUUUUUCUAAUGGACCUUUGACUCAAUUAUAGGCAACACGUGUACAACUAGCUGUCAUUCAUUACCAGGCAAACCAUAGGUGAGUUUUCGUAACACCAAAACUCUUAUGCCUCGCUGAAGAUGUACCCGACCACCUGAAAACUCACCUUGAUUUGAAUUGUUCUCCAUGUAUUUAUCCUGCACAAGACGAACUAAUUGAAAUUUGACGUCUUCCGGGGCGAGCAAUGGAACAAAUGUGCUCAUGCUAGCGGUCAAGGCGGAUUCUUAAUGUGUUUGAGCGCACUACAAAGACACUUCCUCGUCUC